AUGCUGCCUCAGAACCAGAAAAAGGUAAAGGCACGGGCCAAGCGCUUGCGCUCCAUCUCGGACUUCACGGCCGAGAGCACGGCCUUCAUCGAUGAGGUGCAGUCUCGCAAAGGGAAAGCUGGGAUCCGCGAGGGGGGCCUCCCCGGGAUUGGUGGCUUCCGGACCUUCAAGGAGCUGAGGUUGGUGGGGCACGAGGACCAGGACCAACAGUGGCACGUUUCUGUGGAAACCCCUCUUAGUCUAUUUUGUCGACGGGAACAUCGACGCGUUUCAUGGGGCCUCACUCCAAACGCAAGGGAAGCCCCUCCGUCCCGUGCUUUGCAACAUUGUGAGGCUGCCUUGCAAUCCGAAGGCUCGCCUGUUGCCUUCCAGCUUUGCCUUAGUGUGGCAGGGCUCAACGCUGCUCUUUCGCUGCUGGCCUAUCACCCUGUCUCAAUGCAACCGACAAAGGAUCGGUCAAAGGAGCCCACCGGCGGGGACCACCGGCAGUCGGAAGAGGAGUUGCAGGCCCACUUUGGGCAGAUGAGAAUUACAGCUCGACGAGGGUGCGCGUCAGGUGCGGUGGCCAGCGAGGCUGAGGCGGGCGGAUGA